UCAGUUCCGACAACCCUUUAUGGAUUGUUUAUGGAGAUAACAUGGCAGCCAUAGGAUAUUUGAUCAAUUUAUGAAAUUCUAGCAUUUUUAGUGAAGUAUAUGGCAUUCUGAUGUCAUAAAAAUGCCAGUAAUACAUUCAAUUUGGAGAAAAUAAAAUGUCACACCAGGGAAGAGGACCUGGGAAACUGGGGAAUCAAGUCUUCCCUGCUCCCAGUGAUUCAGUUGUUAUGGACUCCUUUACCCCCCGGAGUACAAGCCGCAGUUUGAGUGGUGGGAGUAGGAAUGGGAGUCCUACAACCCCACGACGUAGAACACGGUCUCGUUCUCCCAAUCAUGAAGAUAACCGUACUUUGGAAGAUGCUAGAUGGAUUGGACACAGAAGAAAAAUUGGAUUGUCACAAACAAAGAAACACAAGAGUGGAACUAUUCAAAUUAUUAUCACUGAUGAGCAAAGGCAGGAGGAAAUGACAGCAUUCAUGAAUGACAAAAUCAAGAUGAAAGAGUGCACUCGUUAUGUACAUGACCCUAAAAAUAAAGAUACACCAAAAUGCAAGUGUGGACAGUUAGAGGAUAAACACAUCCACAGCAUGAACAACUAUAUGGCAGCCAUGUUACAACAACAGCAGGCAGGAACAUUGACACAUGAUAUGAAUAGAAUGAACAUUAUGGAGAGCUUUCAAACAAGGCACACAAAACAAAGUGGUGAUGAACCUGAUCCAUGGACAGAAGAUGACAUUGCUGAAUUCCCAACUAAUGCUUUCGGCCAAAUUGACUUUAUACAUGAAGAUCUUGGGGGAAGGAAACCUGCUAAGUUUAUACGCUUAUCUGAUAAAACCCCAAUGGAAGACGUGAUCACACUCCUGGAGAAACACUGGCAUAUGUUAAACCCAGAGCCUCCUAACCUUGUCGUGUCUGUAGUUGGCGGGGCCAAGAACUUUAAACUAGAUGGGCGCAAGAAAGAAGUGUUUAACCGAGGUCUUGUGAAGGCUGUUCAGAGUACGCAUGGGUGGGUGAUUACAUCAGGUUGCAACAUGGGUAUUAUGAAAGCUGUUGGAACAGCCAUCCAGGAAGGCCAGAGUUUUACAUGGGGAAAGAAAAUGACACGUGUGCUUCGUUGCAUUGGUAUCGCCCCCUGGGGAUACAUUGAGAGGAAAGAGAAGCUAAUCAGCCAAGAUGGAAAUGGCAAGUUCCCUGCCAGUUACAAGGUGAACAACAGUAUUCGCAAAGGAUGUCCUGUACCACUAAACCAAAACCACACUCACUUCCUACUGGUGGAUGAUGGGAAAAGAGGCACCUACAGUGGUGUUGCAAGUUUCCGAGCAUCUCUAGAGAAAAAGAUUUCUCUGCCUGUUGUACCAAAGGCAGGUGGAGAAUGUGGCCUAGGAAUACCCGUUGUCAUGGUAGUAGUUGAGGGAGGGACUGAUGCAAUAACUGACGCAUGUCAGUCACUCUCUGAAGGUAUCCCAGUUGUCAUCUGUGUUCCCACAGGACGUGCGGCUGACAUCCUCGCUUAUGCGUUCAAACAUACCAAGACUACAAAUAAGAAGCGUGUAAUCAAGGACAUCCACAGAGAAAGGCUAGAGGAGAAGAUAGAGGAAGCCUACAAAAGUGGAUGGAAAGGUGGGGAGAAGGAACAUAAGGAAAAGUUGAACAAACUCAUGACAACAGUACUCAAAUGUUGCGAAAAUGAAAAUUUGAUUACUGUGUUUAGCCUCAACAAGAAUGAAGAUCUGGAUUUGGCAAUUCUUUCAGCUCUACUUAAAGGUCAAGGUGCCAGUACUCCAGAGCAGCAUUUGGAUCAGUUGAAGUUAGCACUGACGUGGAAUAGAAGCGACAUAGCUGCUGACAAGAUCUUCACUGAUGACAUCACAUGGCCUCAGGGUAUGCUUGAUGAUACCAUGACACAAGCACUACUGGAGAAUAAGAUUGAUUUUGUGCGCUUGCUGCUGCAGAAUGGGCUUGUGAUGAAAGAGUAUUUGACAGUUUAUAGGCUCAGGAACUUGUAUAAUAAGAUGCCUAGGAAUUGUCACUUGAAGGAUCUCCUGUCUGAGAUUACUAAACACAAGAGCUCCAUGUACUGCCUACAUGAUGUCCAAUCUCUCCUGAAAACUCUCGUCAAAAAAUAUCACCACCACCUGUAUAACAAUGACACAAUGGUUCUUGUUCAGGAUGAGAGAAUGCAAGCAACUUUAUCGUAUGAAACCUUCCAUAAACCAUUCCGUGAACUAUUUAUUUGGGCAGUUCUCAUGAACAGGCUUGAGUUGGCCAAGUUUCUAUGGGAACGAGGUGACGAAGCAGUUAUCAACGCCAUUGCCGCAAGUGCCAUCUGUAAAUCUCUAGCAGACCGCACUGCCCUCUAUGAUUCAGAUCUAAAUGAUGAAUAUUUACACAGUCAGAGAGAGUUUGAGCAAAUGGCAUGUGGAGUGCUGGAUGAGUGCUACAGUACAGAUCCAGAUAAGGCAGCCAUUUUGGUUGAGCGAGAGUAUGAGACGUGGGGUAGCAUGAAUGUGUUAGAAAUGGCAGCGGAGGCAAAUGACAAGAAAUUUCUAUCAACUGUAUGUUGCCAGAAUUGUAUCACAAUACGAUGGAAACGAGGCAUUGGCUCUGACUGGUGGAGAGUUGUACUUGCGCUAAUAUUCCCCCCUCUAAUAUUUUGUGGCAUUCGCUACCAGCCCCUUGGCAACGCUGCAGAGAGUCUUUCACCGUGGCAGAAGAUGCUCAUGUUCUACAGAGCACCAAUGACUAAAUUCGCUGGAAAUACACUGCUUUAUAUGCUGUUCCUGCUCUACUAUUCCUAUGUAAUACUUUUUCAACUCCGACCCACCCCAACAAUUUAUGAGUGGGUUUUGAUUGGCUGGAUUGGUACCAUGGUGAUGGAGGAGAUACGAGAGGUAUCCUCAUCAAAUGCUGACACAAUUCUCGGAAAAGUUAAAGACUGGUGGAAUUACUCUUUCUACAAUCGUCUUGAUGCCUUAACAAUUUUCUUGUUCAUCCUGGGCGUCAUAUUGCGUAUCUGGUCUCACCUGUUUGACUAUGCCAGGCACGUGUAUGUGAUAAACUGUGUGUUUAUGUAUGCACGCAUGAUGAGAGUAUACUCUGCACAUAGUCAGCUGGGGCCAAAGAUGAACAUGAUUCGAAGAAUGUUACGUGAGAUGCUAUUUUUUCUUGUGAUCCUCUGUGUUUUCCUGUUUGCCUAUGGAGUCUCAAGUCAAGCCUUACUCUAUCCUGCCAGGGAUUUCUACAUCAAGAUAUUUAAGGAUGUCUUAUACUACCCUUAUUGGCAGAUUUAUGGCGAGAUUUUCCUUGAAGAAAUAUCAGGUGUUAAGGAGGGUUGCUAUGGUAACACCACAAUGUCAUAUGUAGAUGGGGAACCUUGUCCAGUAUAUUCUCCCAUUGUGCCAAUACUGCUGGGACUGUACCUCCUCAUGGGAAAUGUCCUCUUGCUCAAUCUACUUAUCGCAAUAUUCAGUCGUGUGUAUGAGGAAGUUGAAGAGAACUCAAUUGAGAUCUGGAAGUAUGACAUGUACUUCUUGGUCUGUGAGAUGGAUGAAAAACCAGGCCUUUCCCCUCCAUUUGCAGUAUUUGAGUAUAUUGUGAUGAUUAUCAUGUUCCUUGCAAACAAGUCCUGUUGUAAAAAACGUAAAGAAGGUCCAAUUUUAACUACGCGUCUAAUGACGGAAUUGCACGUAUAUGAGAGGGAGUGUUGUGCACUUUUCAUCUCCCAUGCUGCAGCCAAUAGUGGGGCCACCAUUGAGAACAGAGUGAAAGCCAUGAAAGAAAGAAUGGAUGGCAUGUACAAAAUCCUUGAAGAACAAAGUGAGCACCACCUCGAUGUAAAUGAGAGUCACCAUCAGCACCACCAUGCACCACAAACACUUACAAGGAGGAAAUCAACAAUGCAACCUCCAUUAGGGACCAUUAGUGAGGCGCCAAGUACCAGUAACAAGAAACGACCAUUUUCAAGAUGGCCUUCAAUACAUCAAGUACAAGUGCUACUUUUGAAAGAGAAACUGAAAAAUCAUUUAAAUAUGAGUGAAGAGGCAGCUUCUAGGAGGGAAUCAAAUGUUGCAACAGAACAAAAUGCAAACCUCAUUCCUAGCAUGCAGCCACCUACAGCCUUAACAGGAUACCAAUCAUCAUCAUCUAUAGGGCAACCACCAGCCAAUCAUUUUAUAGGAAACCCACCUGAUCCAUCUUUUGGGCAACAUUCUGCUCCAUCUAUUAACCAAUAUUAUAACCAAAUGCAAUAUCAGGGACACUAUCUUAACCAAUCACAAGCAAACAAUCAAAAUGCUAAAAUUCCAGAGCAAAAUUUUAAUCAACCUGAAACUGAUAAGUUUGCUCAACCUCCGUUUCCCAUGAUGCAACAACAGACAAUUUGGCGGCCAAUUGUGGCUCCUCCACCAGUGAACAAUCAGUUUUAUGGACAAUCACAACCUCCUUCAUUCACAAACAUUCCAAAUGCAUCAGGGAGAGAUUCGCCAGACACAGCAACAAGUUUGUUUGAUCGUACCAUGAAUCUCACAUCCACUACCAAAGUUAGUAGUCCGUUAAUCCGUCCAAGACCAACACAUUCAAUGUCAAAACCAUCCUCUCCAUCGAUUCCUAGAGAUGCCAAUCUUGAUAGCUCAUUGGACCAUCGAGCAGCAAGUGAUGAUGAUAUCACAAGUCAUCGUCAUAAAUCCAAGAAACAAAAACGGAAAAAGAAAAAAUUACUUUCACGAUUUUUGGAAUCAAACAGUCCUGAUUCUGACACUGUUGAUUCCCCAGAUACGCCAAAGAAAUCAACCAAUCAGGCUUGGAGCAGUAGCAGUAACCAUGGUAACACAAGUAGGGUAGUGGAAAAUUCCCCUGCUUCCAAUAUUAUCUCCCAGAAUAAUAUAAGUGCUACAAUGACAAGACCUCCUAAUGGACCUCAGGAUUCACUUGCGAAUGCGAGAAUUUUAGCCAUGGAGCAAAGAUUGCAACAUAUAGAACGUAACACAGGGAAAUCUCUAAAAAACAUUGAAGGCCUUUUGCGAUCUUCUUUAUUUCAAAAAGGAGAACCAAAUAAACCUGAUACUGCUGCUCAGCAUGUUCAAUCCAGUAGUGAUAACAAUGUUAAAGUUUGACGUAAUGAGAUUAUUGUUUAUGCUGUCUCCAAAGUACAUGUUCGUACAUCGUAUGCCAAAUUAAUUUAUAUCAUAUGUAUCCAAGACAGCAUGGGAUAUUUUGUUCAAUCAUUGUAAACAAGAUAUAGACUAUACACCAUGUCAUAUAUAUUAUAAAUGUAUAUAUAUUGAUCAUAUUGUAUAUAGUCAU